CCCCCACUUUCACCUCGCUCGAUCCCUAGGAACUCCUAUUUCUACCAACUUACUUGUCAUCGUAUCAAGAGGAGAAGCCAGCGCGGAUAGCGAGUCCUCACCAUGCCCAAGAACAAGGGAAAGGCAAGUUGUCGCUAUUACUCUGUUUCCCCCCGAAAGAGUACCCCGCUCGCGAAAUUUUUUCACUGUCAUUUUGCCGUAUCAGCCCGUUUGGCUGCGCUGCGCAAAACGCGGUCACCGCGGUUCAUGAAAUGACAGAAAAGACUUGGAUUUUGAUAUUGCCACGAAUUUCUUGAUAUUUUCCGAUCAGGUGCUAACUUUCGUCUACAGGGUGGUAAGAACAGACGUCGUGGAAAGAACGAGAACGACAACGAGAAGCGUGAGCUCGUCUUCAAGGAAGAAGGCCAGGAGUAUGCGCAGGUCGUGAAGAUGCUCGGCAACGGCCGACUGGAGGCCAUGUGCUUCGACGGUGAAAAGCGACUGGCACACAUCCGAGGCAAGCUGAGGAAGAAGGUCUGGAUCAACCAGGGUGACAUCAUCCUUCUCUCGCUGCGUGACUACCAGGACGAAAAGGGCGACGUUAUCAUGAAGUACACCGCCGACGAGGCCAGAAGUCUCAAGGCCUACGGCGAGUUGCCCGAGCACGCCAAGAUCAACGAAACCGAUACCUAUGGCCACGAAGGCUUUGAGGACAACGUCGAGUUCGACGAGGACCGCGAGUCUGAAGACGAGAAGGAGAUCGAUGUCGACGAGCUCUAAAUACCCUUCAUCCCUGUGCAGUCAACCCUGCGAGAGCCCACCGGGGCCCCUUUGCCGCCAACUCUGUUCUCCCGACCCCGGGAGGUUCUGUCGAUUCUUCUUUCCCUUGCG